AUGAUUCAGUCGCUGACCAAUUUCUCGGAGAGCGAGUUGGAACCCGAGGGGUCAGCCAUCGCUCUCAAGAACAAGCUCCAACAGCAGCUGAGGCUGCUGGAGGGCGAUCACAGGGCGUACAAAGAGGAGGCAGAGAGAAUCAUCUCCCGCCAGGAAUGCACGCAUGCACAUGCACACGUAUGUGGAAAUGUCUCUGUCUGGAACAUAGAAAUACGUGAACUAAACCUCUACGUAAAUGAGCAAGAGGAAUUGGAAACCAACCUGGCCCUGGUGACGUCUCCUCAGAACCUGCUGAAGGACAAUAGGAAUUCAGCAGAGAUCAAAUAUCUGUUGGAGAGUAAGGAUGAGUACGAUUACCUUGUCCAACAGGAGAAAAACCUCAUCUCUAAGCUCGACGCUGAGAUCAAAAGCCAGGAGGAGAAGAUUGAAAAGCACAGGAUGGCCGUGGGAGGUCUGAAGAGCGUUCACAAACAUCGCAGACAAGUGGAGAAACACAUUCACGUCCUGGAGAACCAGUUGAACUUGGCAACCGUGAAGUUUAACACAAUUCUGACGAAGAAUCGAAAUCUUCGGGAGGAGAUCAACAAUCUGAGAAUUCAUAAGGAAAUCUACGCCAAACUCUUCAACAAGCUGAACGCCAAACUGCAGCAUCAGAAGAAGUUAAUGAAGGAGAUUGUUCAGGAGUCGGUGUUGGCUUAUGACCAGCGGAUGGAAGCAGAGUCCAGGAUCAUAGCAGUGAGAGAGCGCAGUGAGAAGGAUAUCCAGCUCUACAACACGGAGAUCAAGGAGCUGAUGCGGGUUAUAGACCACGAGGCCAAGCUGAAGGAGUUUAUGCUCAUCAAAUUCCGACAGCUUGUGAAAGAAGAUCGCUUGGAGAAUAAGUUGGGAAAGAAAUCUCCCAAGGAGUUAGAGUAUGAAACCUAUGAGAACGCCUACACUGAACUGAAGAAAUUGACGGGAUUGGACAGUCUCUACACACUAGGUUCUCAGUUUCUGAUCACAGAGGAGAAAAACUACGCACUGUUCAACUUUGUGAAUGAACUCAAUCGCCAAAUGGAGGUGAAGCAAGAGAGGAUUCUCAACCUCAAGAAUGAAAUAUUACAAUUUGAAAACCGUCGGAUGGAAAAGGAGCAGAGCAUGCACUCGAGCAUCAAGAUUGUAGAGGAAAAGCUGGAACAAACCACGAAGCAAGCGAACAAGUACGAAAAGUUGGGGAAACGCACGACUAAGACCCUGGAGCAGCUGAAGUCCAAGAUCGAGAUCACCUUCAGAAAGAUAAAGUGCGACCCCACCAUCAUCUACCAAAAGCUGUGCGGCAGAGAAGGAAUCAGCAACAGCAACACCAUGGUUUACUUAGGUUUGAUAGAGAAGAAAGCCGUUGACUUGCUGAGGAUCCAUAUGCUGAUGUUACAAACCUUGGAGGAACAGCACGGCACUCCACCCCUCAGCCCCUCCUCCAGCGCGUCCAGCGUGGCCACUGUCAACGUCCUAUUUGCCGGAGCCGAUCUCAUCAGCACCAUGAAGCCCAUCAAGAUAGUCUCACCUGUGCUGAUCGACGAGAGCGAUGACGACAUGUCUACCGUGAUUGAUUCAGAGCAAUUGGUGCCUCUGAAUCACAAGGAGCUGUGGAUGAUGGUUCAGCACGACUUGACGAUCGGCAGCCCCAAGAUUUACCAGUAGAGCAGUAGAGGGAGCUGGAGAUGCAGCUGCAGAAUUGGGCCGAAAAUCAAAUCAAAUCAACCAAAUCGAUCGAUCGAUCCACCGAUCAAUAAGCAAAUUAAAAAAAGAGAGAAUUGAUGAAUAAAAGCCAGACAAGCAGGCGCACUUA